AUGAAGUUCACACACCUCCUUGCCGUUGCCUUUGCUUCUCUUGCCGUCGCCGCACCCUCAGCACUAGCACAGGUACCAGGUAUGGCACUCUUUAACAUCAUAAACCACAUUUUCAGGUUAACUAAUCUAUUCAAGGCUCCAAUGCAUUAGAGGGCGUCAAGUGCCCUCACCAGGACGCAUGUGAAGCGCACUGUAAAAACUUGGUAAGCCACUUAGUUUCCAUCUAGUGUUUAUGUGUUACCAUUGCUAAUUGUUAAUCGCAGGGAGGUAUUCGAACAAUCAAUUGCAACAAAUUCGGAAACAACUGUGCUUGCAACACAGCCGGAUAG